UCGCGCACUCGCCCUCGUUUCGUCGUGCUCUUCGAUUCCAAGGCGACCUCGGCGGCACUCCGGCGUUGUCUUCCCCGACGGCUGGUUGAAAACUGCUUCUUUCGUUUUGAGAGCAAGUCGCUGGACAAAAUGGAGGAAAUCAAUGGUGCAACCUCAACUACUGCAGCUUCUGCUCCAUCUCAUGAUAUGGCGCUCGUUAUGGUUGCUUGUCCUGUUGUUGAUGCUGACACUGCCCGAGUUGCAGUCCCCGAACAGACACUGGAAUCUUUCUGGACAUCUUGUGAUAAGUGUGGAUUCCAAUUCGAAUGUGAAUUAAAAUAUCUAGACCACUUAAUGAAGUGUCAAAUGUGUUAUACUGCAUUCGUGGCAAAGGAGACGGUCGGUCGUGCUCAUAGAAAGAAUAAAUGUGUUGUUCACAAGGGCAAGGUUGCAGGAAAACGAUUGCUGGCUCUUCAACCUACAGAGAGUGCAAGUGUUCCUGAGAGUUUUCAUCCAAUAGAAGGUGAUGGAGCCUUCAUGAAAUCAGGACACAAAAAGAAAAUGAAAGAUCUGAUUAAGCCACCUGGUGCUGACUACAAGGCUGCAGAAGAUGACUGUAUUGAAAAGCCACCAGAGCCUCAAGGAAUACCAAAGGAAGCUUGUCCUGAAGCUGUUGUUGCAGAAUUAAAAAGAAUACCAGACUUGGCCCGUGAUGAUUUCCUCAAGGCCUUCAAUAUACUUAGACGCAAUGAUUUUGAGUUCAGAAUACUUGUAGCAUUUCCAAUGGAGUUAAAGAAGGAAUGGCUACUGAAGGAAAUCAAGAAGCGAAACUGCUAA